AUGUCGGAUCAGAUUCUCUACGUUACUAUUCUCGUAGGGUUGCUCCUACUGUACAGGCUUGCAAAUUCAACAGACAAGCCCAAGAUCAAGGGUAUUCCCGAAAUUCCUGGUGUACCACUUUUUGGAAAUUUGUUCCAGCUGGGAACAGAUCAUGCAAGAGUUGCACGAAAAUGGGUAGCAAAGUACGGUCCUGUCUUUCAGACCCGGCUUGGUAACAAGCGAGUUAUUUAUGUCAACUCUUAUGACGCUGUCAAGCAUUUCUGGAUCACUCACCAGUCGGCUCUCAUCUCACGUCCCAUGUUUCACACAUUCCACUCAGUAGUUUCAACAUCUCAAGGUUUCACAAUCGGCACUUCACCCUGGGACGAGUCGUGCAAGGCUCGUCGAAAGGCUGCAGCAACUGCCCUCAAUCGUCCUGCCACCCAGUCAUAUAUGCCAAUUCUUGAUCUUGAGUCUUUUGUCAGCAUUAAAGAGCUCUUUGAUGACUGCGAGAAUGGAACAAAAGAUCUGGACCCUUCCCCUUACUUCGCUCGGUUUGCCCUCAACACGUCUCUGACUCUUAACUAUGGAUAUCGCAUCAACGGGGAUGUGAACAGCGAGUUGCUCCAUGAAAUUACCCAUGUGGAACGGGAAAUUUCUAACUUCAGGUCAACAAGCAAUAACUGGCAGGAUUACGUACCAUUACUACGAUUGUGGGGAGCACAGAACUCUUCGGCUGGAGAAUUCCGAGCGAGACGCGACAAGUAUCUGACUGACAUGUUGAACCAUCUCAAGAGUCGCAUUGCAGAGGGAACAGACAAGCCUUCCGAGAUCAAAUCUAUCUGCCUCACCAUGGUAUCUGCAGGUUUGGACACAGUCCCGGGUAACCUCAUCAUGGGAAUAGCAUAUCUCGCGACGCCGCACGGCCAGGAGAUCCAAGCCAAGGCACUGGAAGAGAUCUACAAGGUUUACCCUAACGGCGAAGCUUGGGAACGAUGUCUCGUGGAAGAAAAGGUUCCCUAUAUCACAGCCCUUGUCAAGGAGAUCUUGCGAUUCUGGACGGUUAUUCCGAUUUGCUUGCCGCGAGUCAACAUCAAGGACAUCCCGUACAAGGGUGCUACAAUCCCUGCUGGAACUACAUUCUUCAUGAACGCAUACGCCGCAGACUAUGAUGAGUCGCGAUUCGCAAAGCCUUUUGAGUUCAAUCCUGAACGAUAUAUGGAUGAUAAGGAAAUCGGAACACCGCAUUACGCCUAUGGAGCCGGAUCACGAAUGUGCGCAGGUUCUCAUCUGGCUAACCGCGAGCUUUACACUGCCUUUAUCCGUCUUAUCACAGCUUUCGAGAUGGUUCCCCCGAAAGAUAAGAGCGACGAGGCAAUCAUGGACUCGAUUGAAUGCAACGCCGUGCCUACUUCACUAACCACGGACCCAAAGCCUUUCAAGGUCGGAUUUAAAACAAGAUCCGAAUCAAGAUUGAGGGAGUGGAUAGCAGCUGCAGAUGAGCGAACCAAGGAAUUGAGAUGA